UUGUAGGAUUCUCCUUCUCUUUUCCUCCCCUACUUUUCUUUUCCUUCUCCAUUCUCUCCCGAGCCUUCCACCACACAACUCAGAAGGCAAUGGGGCUUUCUACAUGCGGGCCGAGGCCAGCCCGUCUGGCCAGUGAGGAGCAGCGAUGACAGUGACCUACUCACGCACGGUUGCUGACGCUCGUCUUGGAACAUUCUCCGCUCUGCUUCUGCGGUGGAAGGGUAGCAUCUACAAGUUGCUGUACAAGGAGCUGAUCAUCUUCAUCGUCCUGUACUCGUCCUUCAGUGUCCUUUACAGGUUUGUGUUGAGCGAUGACCAGAGGAGGCUGUUUGAGAAGCUGUCUAUAUACUGUGAUCGCUAUGCAGAGCUUAUUCCUGUCUCCUUCGUACUGGGGUUCUAUGUGACGUUGGUAGUGUCUCGCUGGUGGGGCCAGUUUGAGAGUGUACCCUGGCCAGACCGCCUAUCAGCAUUGGUGGGCGGCCAUGUCUGUGGGACUGAUGAGACUGCAAGGCUAACGCGCCGCACGCUCAUGCGCUACGCUAACCUCUCCGGUGUGCUCAUCUAUCGCUCGGUCAGCACUGCUGUCUACAAAAGGUUCCCCACCAUGGAGCACCUGGUGCAAGCAGGCUUGAUGACAGCGGAGGAACUGAGGCAACUGGAGGAUUUGCCGUCUCCUCAUAAUAAGUUCUGGGUUCCCUGCAUGUGGUUUGUCAACCUGGCUCUGAGGGCUCGGACCGAGGGCCGCAUCAACAAUGACGUGGCACUCUCUUCUAUCUUCACAGAGCUGAACAGUUUGCGGACCCGUUGUAUGAAGUUGUACGGUUAUGACUGGAUCAGUCUCCCCCUCGUCUACACUCAGGUGGUGACUGUGGCCGUCUAUAGUUUCUUUUUGGCUUGUCUGAUUGGCCGUCAGUUCCUGGACCCAAGUCAAGGUUACCCUGGUCAUGACCUGGACUUCUAUUUCCCUAUAUUCACCCUCCUGCAGUUCUUCUUCUAUGUUGGCUGGCUUAAGGUGGCGGAACAACUUAUAAAUCCAUUUGGCGAAGAUGAUGAUGACUUUGAAACUAACUGGCUAGUUGAUCGCAACUUACAGGUGUCUCUGCUGUCAGUGGAUGAGAUGUAUGACAGCGUCCCCCACAUCGAGAGGGAUAAGUACUGGAACGAGUCCGAGCCCCAGCCGCCUUACACUGCAGCCAGCGCUGAACACCGCAAGCCCUCCUUCAUGGGCUCUGCUCUGGACAUCAGUGUGCCUAAAGAAGAUAUGGAGUUUCAGUCCAACUUAGAGCAAAUCAAGGAACAUGAGGAGGCCAACUACUCCACCCCACUGCUGGGAGGCCUGGGGCGGCUCCUGGGCGUACAGUCCCCAAACUUCCCUCGCGCCUCCACUUCCUCCAGAGUCUCUCUUCUACGUCGCCGCCCUGGAGCCCCAGUUAGCCGUUUCCCCCUUUACCUGCACCAGGAGGUCCCCUCCACCCUCAGCCAGGCCCGCCAGCCCCCGGGCCAGGACAGGGAUCCAGACUAUGCCUUCUCCUCCAUGCCUCUGUAUGAGCGUCCUGGUUUCUACAGCUGCCCACAAACACCCAUACACUGCGUGCCCCCCGCGGUGCCCCGGCCCCGCCCGGCGCGCCGCCCCCAGGGCGACUGGAACCGCAGCUGCAGCUCUCUGGUUCCACCCGCCGCGGGCUCUCAGCUUCUGCCUCCAGACACACCCGGUCACCAUCUCCCACCGUCCUCUGCUUUCCCCUGGCUGAGUGAGGACGGGGAGGUCCCCAGUGUCCCCGCCUUCUCCUUCCCUGACCCUGCUCCGGAGCUCUGCCCCAUCUCAAAACUCCGACCGGCCCAGGGGUUGCUGUCUCGACGACCCUUGCCCCCGUGCCUCAAGCUUGACACUCCACCAUCGACUGAAGGUUCGACAGGGCCCCAAGUAGGGCCCCUCAGUGCACGGGGUGGAGGGGAAAGAGUUUUCUCAUUCACCCCUCCCUCACGCACUCCAGCACCAAAUCCCACCAACAGCAACAACAGCAUCAACACCAUAAACACCAACAGUACUACGGCAAACGUCUGCAAUGGUUUGAACCAAAACUUUUGUAACCCUGCUAAUGUUACCAACAGCACUCGAGCAACUAACAGUGGCACCAAUGGAAGUCUAAGCAAUAAUGCGAAUACUAUCUCUACAUCCGGAUCACCUCAGCAAACAGACCGUCAGCAACAUUUGCCAAAUGAUUCAGGAAUUUCAUUCACUGAGGCAGACAUGCUCAAGGCACUGGUGAAGGAGAGUGGUAAGAACAAGGUUCCCGGGGGCAAGGACCAGGACUGAAUAGUCAAGUAACUCUUCUUGGCAGAUUCAUAUUAGCAAUUCUUGCAUCAUCACUGAUUAGACAGGAACACGUGUCCUGUUAUCACUACA